UAGAUUUAUAUAUAGAGACAGAUUUAGAUUUAGGUAUAGAUAUAUUUUCAUCAAAUUCAAUAUGGGAAAUGAAGAUGAUGAAGUUGCGCAAUUAAAUAUGGUUGCACAAAUUGAAAUUUCACCAGAGGAAGUAUAUACAUCAGGAAGAAGAGCUAGCAAACAACUUUUUAUGACAGCUGGCAUAAAUGUGAUGCUGAUGCCAGCUACACCUAUCCCCUCACCACUCAGCCAUGCAUAUCCAGAGAUCAUCAGUAAACCAACAGAUUUAGAUGUUGUUGUUGGAAACAAUGCAGAGUUCCAAGUUACUAUAAAAAGUUGUGAUAAUGAUGCAGUCGUUUCCUGGACAAAAAAUGGAAUACUGUUAUUAACAUUAGGUCGCAUACAAAUUUGGAAUGAUGGAAACACUUUUUUUCUGAGAAUCAAACAAGUAGAAGAAACUGAUGAGGGGAUGUAUGAAUGCAGGAUUCGAAACAAUGUUGGGGAGAUAAUAUGUGAUGCAUCGCUUGCUGUGUAUACUUCAGACAUUGACGAAGAAGAAAAUGAUGAGGAUGAAGUUGAGGAGUUUGAAAACAAUCAUAAUCAAGAGGAAUUACGUUUUGAGAAAAAACUUGAACCAGAAUAUGUAGUAUACCAAGGUAAUUCAGUAAAUCUCGAAGUUCAAACAAAUAUAAGUCCAGUAACUGUUGCUUGGUAUUAUGGAGAAAACAAGCUUAUAUCCACUGAUGAUAUUCAAUUAAUAACCAAGGGUGACAUUCAUCGACUUUUUAUUAAAGAAUCUUUAGUUGAGGAUGAAGGAUAUUAUAAAUGUGUAGUGCAAAAUGAUUCAGAGAGGAUAUCUACAGAAACAACUUUAAUUAUAGAAGGAUGAUGUAGAAAGAAUAGAUGCAGAAACAACUUUAAUUAUAGAAAGAUGAUGCAGAGGGAAUAGAUACAGAAACAACUGUAACCGUAGAAGAAGAUAACAUAAGUAGUUUAUUUUAAUAACUAUUAAGAUAGAGAUAAAAAUUAUGUUACUCCAAAAAUUAAAUAUAAAUGUUUUAAGCUGAUUUUUGAUAAAUAAACUUGAAUGAUAGAUGAAUGAUUUUUGACUAACUAUAUUGCUUGACAAAUGGAGGAUUUUUGGUAAAUGUGAUGAGUGAAUUAUUGCUGUGAUCAAUAACGAUUAAAUGAUUAAAAACAUCAACUUUGUUUAAAUUACCAGGUAUAUUGUCAUAAAAACAAGAUUGCUAUUUUUUUUUAAAAAAAAUUGUAAUAUGUAAAUAAAACUUUUUAAAUGUUUUAUUAAUUGAUUUUUAAAAAAUAUAUGUAAUAUACAAAUAAAGUUUUAAAUUAAAAUUUUGUGAAUUUUUAAAGAUCAUUAUUGUUAAUAGUAUCGUGUUUUUAAAAAUAAUUAACUUAAA